AUGCGAUGCCAACGCGGCAGAGACCGGGGCCUCGGAGUUCCCCUUGUCACGGCAUUGGCGGAUUGGGCGACCAAGGCGACUCCUUCCACAAUCGACGGUUGGGGCCGCUCGCUCUGUGUCGGCACACCAGGAUCUCCAGGGAUCUUUGGGUCCACCGCCAUUGCUGCCGAGAACGAGUUCGCCGCCCACAACUACCACCCACUCCCCGUGGUUUUCGCUCGCGCCCAAGGGGUCCACGUCUGGGACCCCGAGGGCAAACACUACCUCGACUUCCUCUCAGCCUACAGCGCCGUCAACCAAGGCCACUGCCACCCGGAGCUGAUCAAGGCCCUCACCGAGCAGGCCGGCCGCCUGACGCUGAGCUCGCGCGCGUUCCACAACGAUGUGUUCCCCGUAUGGGCCCAGAAGGUCCGCCAGCUAUUCGGUUUCGACAUGGUGCUGCCCAUGAACACGGGCGCCGAGGCCGUCGAGACGGCUAUCAAGAUCGCCCGCAAGUGGGCUUACAAGGUCAAGGGCGUGGCGCCGGGCAAGGCGCUCGUCUUUAGCGCGAGUGACAACUUCCACGGGCGGACUAUGACAGCCGUCUCGCUCUCCCUCGACCCCGAAUCCCGCGACAACUACGGCCCCUACCUACCCAACGUGGGCGCCACCAACCCGACCACGGGCCAGCCGAUCCGGUACAACAGCAUACCAGACCUCGAAGCCGUCCUGGAGGCGUACGGGCGCGAUACGGCGGCCUUCAUCGUGGAGCCGAUCCAGGGCGAGGCGGGGGUGGUGGUGCCGGACGACGACUACCUGGCGCGGGCGCAGACGCUCUGCCGCAAGCACAACGUGCUGCUGGUGUGCGACGAGAUCCAGACGGGCAUCGCGCGCACCGGCCGCAUGCUAUGCUCCGAGUGGUCCGGCAUCAAGCUCGACAUGGUCACUCUCGGCAAGGCCAUCUCGGGCGGCAUGUACCCUCACCCAGGAUCUACCUACGACGGGAACGCUCGGCUGCGCCGUGUCCAUCCGCGCCCUCGAGCUAAUCGAGAGGAGGGCCUCGUGGAGAAGGCUGAGCGUCUGGGGCGGGUGUUCCGAGAGAGUGUCGAGGCUUUCCAGUCGCCCCUCGUGCAGGUUGUCAGAGGCAAGGGGUUGCUGAAUGCGGUUGUCAUUGACGAGAGCAAGGCGGAUGGGCGGUCGGCGUGGGAGCUGUGCUUGUUAUUGAAGGAGAAGGGCGUUUUGGCUAAACCUACACACGGCAACAUCAUCCGGUUUGCACCGCCUUUGGUCAUCACCGAGGAGGAACUCCGUGGGGCCAUCAAGAUCAUUGGCGAGGCGUUGAAGGAGCUUCCGACGACCACGAUCAGUGAGGGUCAUUAA